UACAAUACGCCUCACUUCACUCAACACUUUGCCUUUCGAGCCAUUCAUUCACAAAUUUUUUCGAAUUCCCUUUGCCGCCACUACAGUUUUCUCUCUUAGCGGCUUCCCCAAUUUUCAUUCCUUACUUCUCUAUCUUCCAUUUUCUUUCCGUAAUCGCUCCUACACGAUGGACAGUGACGACGAUUUCCAGUUGCUUUCCUCUCCUCAGGUCGAUUCCCCUCUGGUUUCCGGCAGGAAGCUGAAGCGGUUGAAGAAAGCAGCUACUGGUUUCUCCGAAGAUCUGCGGAAGACCGAUCAUCAAUUUUCCGGUGGAUUGUUGGGGGAAUUUUCGAGGAUUGAUGAUCGGUUUGAUGAUGGCUUUAAGAUUCGUGAAUUGAGUGCACUGGAGUCUGAAGCGGAAGAUUCCGAUAAGUUGAAAGGACAAGAUCUGGAUGACUCCGAUGACCUUCAACAAUCGGGAUCUGGAUCGACGGGUUUGGAUGAUGGUGGUAAUUUAAAAGUUAGUCUUGGUCUGGAUGGUGAGGGAAACGAUUCUGGAGUGGACAAGGGCUUGGAAUUUGAUGCUGUGGCUGGAAUUGAUGAAAAAGGUGGAGAUCAAAUUCCGGGGAUGGGAAUGGAAAAUGGCGAUGCACUGGUGGAUGAACUGGAGAAGAAACGGCCAAGUUUGGACGCGUUUGAGGACGAGAGAGAAGCAAAGAGGAGGAAAUCGAAGAACAAAAGACUCAAGAGUAGUGGAGAGCCUGGAGAUUUCAACCAGGCAGCGGUCUCCAAAAUGACUCUUGAGAGGGAGCGAAGAGAAUACGUCGUGCAACUCCGUGCUGAAUCUCAGCGACUUUUGCGAGAUACUAGAGGAGCGGCGUUCAAGCCCAUGCCAGUUGUUCAGAAGCCGAUAUCUUCAGUUUUGGAGAAGAUACGACGAAGGAAGCUUGAGCUCUCUACGAAAUCAAUCAAUAUUGAGAAUACCAUUUUAGACUGCGACGACGAAGAUGAUGACAAUUAUCAGUUCACAAAGGUUGUAACCAAGCAUAGGUUGUCUGUAGAAGGGAGGGCGGAUUCUGUAGAAAAAGAAUGUGGGGAUAUGGAUAAGCAUCCUGCCGAUGAGGAGAAUAAAAAAGAUACAAUGUGUAUACAUGAACGAAGUAAUGGGACAAACAUGCCCCCACAGAGGGAAAGGGCUACUGAUAAUGAGGUCACAGAACCAUUUCGGGCUCCUGUUAACGACACUCAGGAACUCUUUUCUGAUUCCCAAACAAGCAUUGGAGAUGAUGCAUCAAACGAGAUGUCCAAAAAUCCUCUGCAAGAAAAAUUUACGCCAUCGGUAUUGGCAAUGAAUUUAAAGCUUGAAUCUCCUCUUCUUGAUGAUGUGUUGAACGAGACAUCCAGCAGUCAUCUGCAAGAAAAUUUCACACCAUCGGUAUUGGCAAUGGAUUUAAGGCUCGAUUCUGCAGCGCUUGACGACUCUGAUGAAGAAGAGGAUAAUGACAAGGAGAAUGUUAAUCCACAUCCACAUGGUUUGUCGGACUUGCCUUCAUCAGUAAGCGGGGAUCCUGUUAAAGCUUUUGUUGAUGAUGAAGCCGAGGAAGAAGAUGACAGUGACCAUGAUAUGCGCUUCCAUGAUGACGAGGAAGAUGAUGACGCUGAUUUAGAAGAGCUUCAAGAUAUGAUAGCAACUGCUUACGAAGAAAAUCCAUUAGACAAUGAAAAACGCAAUAAGCUUCAUCAGAAGUGGCUUGAACAGCAAGAUGCUGCUGGAACAGAAAAUCUUCUACAGAAAUUGAAAUAUGGCUCAAAACUUACUAAACCAUCUUUACUGGAAGAUGAAAAUAAUGAGGGAGAAAAUGAUGAUUUUGAAUUUUGUGAAGCUGAUGCAGAAGAUUCUCUUCCACUGGAUGUAGCUCGAAUGAACAUUAGAAAAGUAAAGCAAAUGCUUCCUCAAAUGUAUACGGAUCAAGAUGAUCCGUACAUGUCUGAUGAUGAGGAAACAGAAAGGAGGCUAGAAAGAGAACAUGUAUUUGAUAAAGCUAAUGGAAAAUCCACAUUUCUCUCGCCUGCUGAGGAUGAGAGCACUAGAGAAGUUUUUGGCCUUAUCAAGAAGCUGAAUGUUGUACCAGAUGUAAAGAAGAAACCCAAAGCACAAUUGUUUUCAGACCCUCCACUAACCGGUGUAGGCAAGAACACAUCUUCAAAGUCAUCUUUCUUAGGCCGAAGUUCAAAUUUCUCUCUUUCUUCAUCCCAUAAGCAUGGAUCAUCAACCAGCAGUCGUUCAUUCAUUUUCGGUCGAGAUGAUACCAACAGCAGGAGUGCAAUUCCAACAAUGGAGGAAUCUUCUGAUCAGGGUCAGAAUGAAAUUAAAUCUACAAGAAUUUCUUCAGCUAAGUUUAGUUAUUCUCAAGUGAGACCAAGUGCACAGAACAGUGUACAAGAAAUUAAAUCAGGGAGUUCACUGUUUGAUAUAUUGAGGCAAUCUUCUUUGCAACUUCAACGUAAACCAUGCACUUUUGGGGAAGAGUCUAGCCAGAUGAGUUCUGCAUUUGCAUCAUUUAAAUUGGAGAAGACACACAUGAAGAAGCCAAUAAAGACUGAAGGGAGAUUUUAAUAUUGAUAAGGGCCUCCUCACACAUUUGCAUUUGGAUGUGAGUUCAAUGCCGUAAUUUUGUUUGUGUUAGUUUAUGUUUGAAAGUCCAUUUUGCUCAAUGCUUUGUUGGGCGGAGACCUCGGCCUUUUAUUUCGGCCCAAAUGUCUACAGUAGUUAGUAAAGGCUUUAGUAAGGCCACACAAGAAACUAAUAAAGGGACAUGUAAACUCACAAUUUUGUUGACUUCAGAUUUCUCAUGUUUGAAGUUAAGAACUUUUGAAUUAACAGCGAAAAUAAAGCUUGAUUUAUAGAAAA